AUGAACGAUACUCUAAACAACGGCUUCCAACAACCCUCUUCAACUAGUAGCAGCGGCUGCGUCGCCGUUCCCAGCACAUGCAGCGCUGGCACAGAGGAAGAAGCAGACAUUGCGGAAGACUACGAGAGCAGUUGGACUCCUGAUCACACCUGUGAUGCCGAAGAAAUCGAGCAGUACUUCAAGACCCUGGCCAAUACUCUCCCGUUCGACGACACCGAGAAUGGACGAGCCGCCUUCCAGCUUCCAAUCUCCAGCACGAGUUUCGAGGAAGCAAUGCGGAGUACGAGCGAUGGAGAUAUUGGAGCAGCACCAGACUUCUUGGGAACCGACAUGAGCCUGAACAUUGUCCAAGGCGUCAUUGACAACGUGACCAAUGCGAGAGACCGAAACUGA